AUGAUGAAUUUUGAACAUCUCAGGUUAUCUUGGUUUACACCUUGGCCUCGACGACGUCGGCAAGAUUUGCUGAAGAAAACUUUCGUUUACAAUCCAAGCGGUGUAUACCGUGAAUCGUUCACGUGUCUUCUUGAUGAAUCUGAUAAAAUUCAACCGAAUUAUACUUCACCUACACGGAGUCUUUCCGUAGUUAUUCCAGCCAUGAAUGAAAAGGAACGUUUACCAGUAAUGCUGAACGAAUGUUUAUCGUAUUUGAUGGAACGCUACGAGAAAGAUUCUUCGUUCACUUUUGAGGUGAUUGUUGUUGACGAUGGAAGUAGCGAUGGAACUUGUGAUGUUGCUUUCGAAUAUUCGAAGAAGUAUGGUGAUGACGUUGUGAAAGUUUUGAAAUUGGACAAGAACAGAGGCAAAGGUGGUGCCGUUCGAUGUGGAGUGAUGUGUAGUCGUGGUGCGAUGAUUCUCUUCGCUGACGCUGACGGAGCGACCAAAUUUAGCGAUUUUGAAAAGCUAGAAGAACAAUUACUGCAUAUCUCAUCAGCUGAUGAAUUGAAGAAUGUGAACAGUUUUGAUUGGACGCAACCAAUUAUCUCUGUAGGAUCAAGAGCAUAUAUGGAAGCGGAAAGUAUAGCGACCAGGUCGAUAGCGAGAACAAUCCUUAUGGUCGGCUUUCAUUUGUUGGUGUAUGUGUUCACGGUGAGAACGAUUCAUGAUACUCAGUGCGGAUUCAAGCUGUUCAGUCGAGCUGCAGCUGCGAAGUUAUUCCCAGCGAUACAUAUUGAACGAUGGGCAUUCGAUGUGGAGUUGUUGUAUUUGGCAGAACAUUUUGGCUAUCGAAUCAGCGAGGUUGCAGUGAGAUGGCACGAAGUGGAUGGCUCGAAAAUAGUGCCGAUUUGGUCGUGGAUACAAAUGGGACGUGAUCUUUUGCUUAUUUGGUUUAGUGGUACAAUUGGAAUUGAAUGUGCGUUGAAGUGUAAAGAGAUGUCAUCGAAGAAAUCAACGAAAGCAUCCAAACAAAGAACACAAAAACAAUCGACAACACCGCAAGAAAAUGAUGCUGAGAAUGUUCUUGUUAUGCACACUGAACGAGUCCUAAAUGUGUACGAUACGGAUUCAGAUUUCGCGUUGGGUCAUGUGGAAGGAUGGGAUGUUGAGCGAUACAUUAGGCCGAUAAAGAUAGUGAUUGUAAACGAGAGUGAGGAUGGAAUGACGCUCGAAUUUGAUUUGAUUCAUGUGGAAGCACCAAUCGCGAAUGCGAUUCGUCGAGUGCUCAUUGCUGAGGUUCCAACAAUGGCUUUCGAGAAGAUUUACCUCUAUCAGAAUACGUCUGUUAUACAAGACGAAGUGCUGUGUCAUCGACUGGGUUUGUUACCGAUUCGAGCUGAUCCUCGUCUCUUCGAGAUGCCUCUAACGAAAGUGAUCGGUAUCAACGAAUCGGGAGUGGAUUGCGAUGAAGAGCCACCGGGUGAUCCCACAAGGAAUCUGAUCUUCGAGCUGAAAGUGUCGUGUCAGCGCAAGUCGAACGCCCCAAAAACGGCCACAGAUCCGCGUGAAAUCUUCGAGAAUGCGUGUGUUUAUUCGAAUGCUUUCGAGUGGAUUCCCAUUGGAGAUCAAGCGAAAUCGUUACCGUAUCAUCCAGCAAUGGUACACGAUGAUAUUCUCAUUGCAAAACUAAGACCACGACAAGAAAUUGAAGCGAGAUGUCACUGUGUGAAAGGUAUCGGACGAGAUCAUGCCAAAUUUUCACCGGUUGCAACAGCAUCCUAUCGCUUGUUACCAAUUAUAAAACUGAAGAAGAAAUUCUCUGGUAACGAGGCAGAACUCAUCAAAGCGUCAUUCUCGGAUGGCGUGAUUGAUAUUGACUCAGAUGGAUGCGCUUAUGUGAAGGAUGCACGACGUGAUACGUGCAGUCGAAAUAUCCAACGGCAUGAAGAGUUGGCCGAACACAUUGAACUUGCUCGACGAAAAGAUCAUUUCAUUUGUGAGUGGUGCUGUCUCUCUUUGCUUUGUACUAGUCAAUAG